CCGAACAUUAAGAAAAAAGUUCGUCAUGUUAUACGAAAAGUAAAAAUGAAGAAGAGAAUACGUCCAAAAAAGUUGGACCGUAAUCGACGUAGAGGUGGUGGUAUAAAAAAAGCAAACCGUAAUAUUAAGAGAAAAUUACAUCGAACAAAACCAAAUAAGAAAAAAAUUGAACAAGUUCGACGUAAAAAGAAAAUAAAAAAACGUACGAAGAAGAAGAAGAAAAAAGUUAAUGUAAAACGAUUAAAAAAUACUAGAAAACCUAAAACCAAAGCUACGAUUGAAGCAGAAGAAAUUCCUGUUAUUAAAGCAUCUGCUAUUAUCCUAGGUAAGGUGCUUGGACAGGGUGGAUUUGGAAAAGUUGUUGAAGGUAAAUUUCAAGGUCGAACAGUUGCCGUUAAAAUUCCUUUACGUAAAGAAGAUUUCGAAGAAGCAUUAAUUGAAUUUAAGAAACUACGAAAUUUUCGUCAUCGAAAUAUUGUUGAAGCUAUUGCUUAUUGUAAAGAACCAGCUAUGUUUGUUAUGGAAUAUAUGGCUGGUGGAACAUUAAAUAGUUGGCUACAUGAUGGUAAUAAUAAAUAUACACCAAUGAAUUGGUUUCAAGGCCUUGCAUUGUUAACUGAUAUAUCGCGUGGUGUAAAAUUAUUACAUGAUACAUCAUUACUUCAUGGAGAUUUAUCAUCAAAUAAUGUUUUACUAACACGUGAUCAUACAACAGCAAAAAUAUCUGAUUUCGGUAGUGCUCAAUUGAUAGAAAAAUAUAUUAAUGCAUCAUUGGCUGGUCAAAUUGAUGAAGCUGUUGGUGCAUUUCGAUGGAUGGCACCACAACGAUUACGUUUUUCUAAACCAGAUAAUUAUUCUGAUGUAUGGUCAUAUGGUUGUAUACUUAUUGAAUUUUUAGCACAUCCUCGAAAAAUACCAUUUGCAGCAGCGGGUACUGCUCAAUUAAUUGCUAAACUUGAGAGUUAUAUUGAAGGCGAUAUAAGAGAUUUACGUAUAGAUCUUGGUGAAAUAGAUCCAGAUGUUCCACCAUUACUUCAAGAUUUAAUGUAUCGAUGUUUAAAAGCAAAACGUGUGGAACGACCUGAUUAUGGAGAAAUUGCUGAUAAACUUGAAUAUAUACAUAAUUGGGUGGCAAGAAAACAUAGUAAUAGUCAUAGUAAAUUCAAAACAAAUAAUAAACGUGUGCAUUCAUCUGAUAUUCGGACUUGGCGUUAG